GUUGCUAUGCGACGAUGCUGCAAGCGACACAGACCAAGUACUAUCAUCAAUUGAGUUAACCUAGCCAUAAUUCAUAAUUCAACAAUCCAGCCAUGCCUCUUCCAGACACGAUGUUCUGUGCCCAGCAAAUCAGCAUCCCUCCCCAGCUGCCAGACCUCCUCAAAAGCUUCACCAAGGCAGCCAUCCGUACACAGCCCAAGGAUCUGCUGCAGUGGUCUUCGGCAUACUUCAGUGCACUGUCUAAUGGAGAGUGUCUGCCUGUGAAGGAUAGGCUGGAGAUGAAUACCACACAUAAGACAGACACUGGGCUGACUCCUGGUCUACUUAAGACUCUCCAUAAACAGCUGUCCCCCAUGGAAACAUGCAGUAAGGAGGAACUGGAAAAGAAAUGGAAGGGUCUGUGUCUACCCCUGGAUCAGCUGGAGACCCUGCUGUCGCUGGGCAGUCUUGACUCAGACAUCGACUGGAUGGAGUUUUUCGCCCUGGGUUGCAGUGCUCUGGGAGGGACCCUCGUGAGUUCCCUCAAGUUUGCUUGUGAGAUCCUGACAGAGGAUGAGGAGGGCGGUGCUGCGAGGAUCCCGUUCAACAUCUUUGUCAAACUCUACACCUACCUGGCUCACCUGGACGGGGAAAUGCCACAGGAUCACAUAGAUAACUUCCUUAGCAGCCUGCAGACACAAGUAAAAAAACAGGGCGGCAUGAUUCAGGUUUCCAACUUCGACAUCAGCAGGAAGUGA